UAUUUAAAGUUUAAUAUUAUUUAUUAAGAAUAUACUUAAAACUGUUUGAGUUAAGAUGACAAAGGAGAAACCACCUUCCUACACGUAUGAUUUGCAUCUGAAUCAUAAGCGGUAUUUGGAUAUGUUAAGGAUUGAGUUUGAAAAGAAAAUAAUUGAGAAUAAAAAAUCUUUUAGAAAUCCAGAAGAAUUUGAUGUUAUAAAGAACAUCGGUUCAGGAGCCUAUGGCACAGUAUACUUGGUCCGUGAUAAAAGCUCCCUUCAAUACUGCGCCAUGAAGGCCAUUGAAAAAGCAGUAAUCGUCCAAAAGAAACUUGUGAAACAGUUGUACAGAGAAAAACAAGUGUUGGAAAGCAUUAAUUUCCCUUUUUUAUUAAAUAUGGGUUUCUCAUGCAAGGAUAACUUGUACAUUUAUUUUAUCACAUCUUUUGAAUCUGGAGGCGAAUUGUUUCGGCUCAUCCGCAAAUCAAAGGGGUUAUCUGAAGAAAUAUCUCAGUUUUUUGCUGCUCAAGUAACAUUGGCUUUAGAGUAUUUGCACAAUUGUUAUAUAGUACACAGAGAUGUGAAACCCGAAAAUAUAUUCAUAAAUGAGUCAGGGUAUAUUAAGCUUGGUGACUUUGGUUUCGCUAAAGUGGUAAAAAAUAGAACGUGGUCUACUUGCGGCACCCCAGAGUAUCUCGCACCAGAAAUAAUCACUAGCAAAGGGUACUCAUUUUCAGUUGACUGGUGGUCGUUUGGAGUUUUAGUUUUCGAAAUGGUUUGUGGCUACCCACCUUUCUACCACUCCGAUCGUUCUAAGCUGUAUGAAUUGAUAACGAUCGGUAAUUUUAAAGUUCCUAACGAGAUGUCGUCGAGGUGUAAGGCGUUGCUUAAGAGGAUACUACAGGUGGAUCCAAACAAGAGACUGGGGUCGAUGAAAACUGGAGCUUAUGAUAUAAAAAGUCACCCUUGGUUCGAAAACACAUACUGGGAUAGAAUAUUGCAGCAGAAACUGGAUCCACCCUACAAGCCCCCCCGAGGGGCGAUGGACGACACCAGCAACUUUGCCGACAUUAUGGAAACGAAAAUAAUGAAGUCAAAAAUCAACACUUACGAAAAAGAGUUUGCUGAUUUCUAACAACAGUUCAUUAUAAUAAUUCCUAAGUUAUGUAUUCCUAAUAUAAAUCUACCACAUAUAAUUAAACAAAACGACAGUAUAUUGGUUUUAUCUUUAUAAAAAAUCAACUUUGUGUUUCUGCAGUUAGUUACUUU